CACCCCCACAGCCCGCGGCCCCGCUAUAAAAGGUGUCAGGAUGCAGGCAGCCACCCACGGCCAGUCAGUCACCUGCUGUCACGGCACAGCGGGCUCACCAUGGCGGCCACCCUCCUCCUGCUGCUGCUGGGAGCAGCACAGGCCACGGCCUCCCCGCCCUGCCAGGGUGACCCCAGCUCCUGGUGCUGGGACACGGCCAUGGCCACGCGCUGCGGCUGGGAGCAGCAGUGCCAGCACCUCCAGGACAGCCUGGCCCUGGGGAAUGCAACUGAUGGGGACAGCGUUGCUGAUGGGGACAUGGUGGCACCGGGCAGGGGGAUCAAGUGCAGCCUGUGCACCAAGGUCCUGAAGAAGAUGCAGGCGCUGGCAGGUGACAACCCCGACGAGUCGGCGGUGGAGGCAGCUCUGCAGAAGGGCUGCCGGGUGCUGGGCCGGUCCGUGGGCAGGCGGUGCCAGCAGCUGGUGAGCAAGUACCGGGAGCAGAUCACCGAAGGGCUGCAGAACGGGGACAUGCCCCGGGACAUCUGCACUGCCAUGGGCAUCUGCCGCUCCUGAGCACAGGGCACGGCCCCCAGUGCCCCCAAACCGGACACCCCCACAGCCCCGAUGCCCCCACAGCCCAGCCAUCCCCCUCCCCCACAAUAAAGUCCCUCCUCUGGC